AAGUCCAGGCCAGCCGAGUUUGAUCCCAGCGCCAUGUCUUCGCCAUGAGAUGGGCUGCUCACCAUGCCAAGGAUUGGGCUGCGCGGAGUUUUUCCGGCCGACGGCCGGGCGGCGGAGCAGCAUCGCGGACACGUACCUGUGGCGGCGCGCGGCCAACCCUAUGGCCGCCGCUUCACGGUACCACCAAAACAGCCACCGACACAGGCUGGAAGAGGACUACACCCUACAGGAUAAGAUCCUGGGCUUUGGCAUGUCUGGUAGCGUGCAGCUGGUCAAAAGCACGGUGGACGGCCGGGACUAUGCACUGAAAACAUAUGACAAGAACACGAUGGACGAGCGUCGCUACGAGCUUUUGCGGCAGGAGGUGGAGAUUUAUCUCAGCGUGGACCACCCCAACAUCGCCCAGCUGAGUGACGUCUACGAGUGGGACGAUGGCAUCGCUCUCAUCAUGGAGUAUUGCUCCGGGGGCGAGCUCUCUACUCGUGGGCUUGAAGACGAGAAGGACGUGGCACAGGCGACGAAGCAGAUGCUGCACGCGGUGAACUACCUCCACGCGCAUCACAUCGUCCACCGGGACUUGAAGCUCGAGAACUUCCUCUACGAGAGCUCUGAGAAGUCCUCCCUGCUGAAGCUCAUCGACUUCGGCUUGUCCUUCACCUUGGACGGCGCGGAGAUGACGAUGAAGGCCACGGUGGGCACGUUGCUCUACUGCAGCCCCGAGGUGGUCUCUGCCAAGGAGUACACCAGCAAGUGUGACCUUUGGAGCCUGGGAGUGAUCGUCUUCAUGUUGCUCUCGGGCCGGCCGCCUUUUCUGAUGUCCCAGGGUCAGGAUCGCCUCAGCAAGAACAUCUGCAGGGGAAAGAUCGAGUGGGACCGCCUCGAUGCCUCCCUCGACGCGUCGGAUUUCGUCCAGAAGCUGCUGGCGGUGAACCCGGAGAAGCGGCUGGAUGCGCCUUCAGCCUUGGAGCAUCCUUGGCUGACAAAGAAAGUGGCGCAGGACAAGCCCCAGCUGGGCCGGGAUGUGCUGAUCUCCUUGAAGCAGUACACGGAGCAGUCAAAGAUACAGCGUGUGUUGCUGCAACUCCUGGCGCAAGAGCUUGGGCCAGAGGACGUGAAGGAGAUGCGUGAGCUUUUUCUGAAGAUCGACUCUGAUGAGCGGGGCACCAUCCGCUUGUGCGACCUCAAGGCUGCGAUGCAGCGCCGGGCUUCACAGGACAACCGCGGCAUGUUCCAGCAGCGCAGGUGCACCUCGCCGAACCUGAGCCCCACCAACCUCUCGGAGAAGCAGGUAGAGAAGCUGUUCUCCGUGCUGGACGCCAAUGGGGAUCAGGAGGUCCACUACUCCGACUUCUUGGCUGCCACGGUGAGCAUGCGGGGCCAGCUGAGGCGUGAGUCUUUGCGCAAGAUCUUCAACCGCAUCGACAGCAACCGCAAUGGCGCCAUCAGCAAAGAGGAGGUGCAGCGCAUUGUCGGAGCUCUCUGCGAUGAAGCCCAAGCAGCAGAGUUCCUGCAAGAGGCGAACGUCCCGCUCAACAGCCAUGGCGAGAUUACCUUUGAGGCUUUUGCUCAGCUCUUUGAGCGCGCCGAUGUGGUGCCGGACGUUCCGACGCCUGUCAAGCUGCCAGUGCGGCAGGACCUGCUGAAGGCUUGCGCCUGGGAGGACUCGCCAGGGCCCACCAGGAGAAGCAGAAGGUUCACCAGAUCCGAGUCAGUGCCAUAGUC